AUGCUGCGCACAUCAGCCUCCAACCUGCUGCGCAAGAGCCUGGUGCGCAGCACUCCCGCCCUGGCCUCCCGAGCUGCCUCGACUCAAGCCAUCUCUAACCCGACCCUCGCCAACAUCGAGAAGCGAUGGGAGGGCAUGCCUCUCCAAGAGCAGGCCGAGCUCUGGAUGGCUCUGCGUGAUCGCAUGCAGUCCAACUGGACCGAGCUGACCCUCCAGGAGAAGAAAGCUGCUUACUGGAUUGCCUUCGGUCCUCACGGUCCCCGCGCUGUCGACCCCCCUGGAACCGGUGCCCGCGUCGCCUGGGGUGUCUUCAUUGGUCUCGCCGCCAGUGUCGCUCUCUUCGGUGCUGUCCGUGUUGUCGCCAAGCCCGCUCCCUACACCAUGACCCAGGAGUACCAGGAGGAGACCAACGAGUUCCUCAAGAACCAAAAAUCCGAUCCUUUCACCGGUAUCACUUCUCCUGGUUAUGCUGGCAAGGGUAUGGUCCAGUCUCCCCCCAAGGGUAACUAA